UGUCGCGGACAUGCGCAUAGGGAAAUUCCUCUUUCUCGGUGGACGCAAUGGCGGACGCAGAAAAAAAAGUGCCGGCCGUCCCGGAGAGCCUUGUGAAAAGGCGAAAGGCCUUCGCCACCAUGAAGGCCAUGCGUGUCAAGAAGAUGCUGGCUGAGAAAAAAGCCCGCAAGGUGACCAGGAAGCUGAUCUACAAGCGGGCUGAGAAGUACCACAAGGAGUACAGGUCUAUGUUCAGGCGUGAGGUUCGUCUGGGCCGUACUGCCCGCAAAGUGGGAAACUACUAUGUCCCAGCUGAGCCCAAACUGGCCUUCGUCAUGAGGAUCAGAGGUAUCAAUGGUGUCAGCCCCAAGGUCCGCAAGGUUCUGCAGCUGCUCCGUCUGCGCCAGAUCUUCAACGGUGUGUUCGUCAAGCUGAACAAGGCUUCAAUCAACAUGCUGAGGAUCGCCGAGCCAUACAUUGCUUGGGGAUAUCCCAACCUGAAGUCUGUGCGUGAGCUCAUCUACAAACGUGGUCAUGGCAGAAUGAGGAAACAGCGCAUCGCCCUCACAGACAACGCUCUGGUGGAGAAGGCUCUCGGCAAAUAUGGCAUCAUCUGCGUCGAGGACCUCAUCCAUGAGAUUUACACAGUUGGCAAGAACUUCAAGCCCGCCAACAACUUCCUGUGGCCAUUCAAACUGUCCUCACCCCGUGGUGGUAUGAACAAGAAGACCACACACUUUGUGGAGGGAGGAGACGCCGGCAACAGGGAGGAUCAAAUCAACAGAAUGAUCAGGAGGAUGAACUAAAGAUGUGGUUUUCAAAGGACUCAUUGUACAAUAAAAACGUUGAGAAAAUCCA